UGCCACUCGGCGCCUCCCCCGCCGGGCCCCGGCUGCGUGGAAGCCGGGCGGCCCUGGUAACUGGGCACGAGGCGCGGAGGGGGCGAGCCCGGCGCGCGGGUCUCAUUGUUGGGGGGGGGCCCGUCGGGGCAUGAGGGCGAGAGCACGGCGGGGGGGGCGGCCAGACAGAGCGUGCGAGGAGGAGGAGGAGGAGGACGCCGAGGAGGAGGAAGGAGGAGGCAAAGAAAAGAAGCGGCCGCGGCGGCGGCGGCGGAGGAGGAGGAGGGAGCGAGGAGGCGCGCAGCCCCCCGCUCCCUCCCUCCCCCCCUGACCCCCGACCCCCGCCGGCCGGCCCCCCGCCCCAGCCCCGGAGGGAGCUCAUGGGAGUAUGAAGGAGAUGGUAGGAGGCUGCUGCGUAUGUUCGGACGAGAGGGGCUGGGCCGAAAACCCGCUGGUCUACUGUGAUGGGCACGCGUGCAGCGUGGCUGUCCACCAAGCUUGCUAUGGCAUCGUCCAGGUGCCAACAGGACCCUGGUUCUGCCGGAAAUGUGAAUCUCAGGAGCGAGCAGCCAGGGUGAGGUGUGAGCUGUGCCCACACAAAGACGGGGCAUUGAAGAGGACUGACAAUGGAGGUUGGGCCCAUGUGGUGUGUGCCCUCUACAUCCCUGAGGUGCAGUUUGCCAACGUGCUCACCAUGGAGCCCAUCGUGCUGCAGUACGUGCCUCAUGAUCGCUUCAACAAGACAUGUUACAUCUGCGAGGAACAGGGCCGCGAGAGCAAGGCAGCCUCAGGAGCCUGUAUGACCUGUAACCGCCAUGGAUGUCGACAAGCUUUCCAUGUCACCUGUGCGCAAAUGGCAGGCCUGCUGUGUGAGGAAGAAGUGCUAGAGGUCGACAAUGUCAAGUACUGCGGCUACUGCAAAUACCACUUCAGCAAGAUGAAGACUUCCCGGCACACCAGCGGGGGAGGUGGGGGAGCAGGAGCAGGAGCAGGAGGAGGCAGUACCGGGGGAGGUAGCAGUGGCUUCAUCACUGGCAGGAGAAGCCGGUCAUCCUCCCCACCCACCCAGCAGGAGAAGCACCCUUCCCACCACGAGAGGGGCCAGAAGAAGAGUCGAAAGGACAAGGAACGCCUUAAACAGAAGCACAAGAAGCGGCCUGAGUCACCCCCCAGCAUCCUCACCCCUCCCAUGGUCCCCAGUGCUGACAAGGUCUCCUCAGCUGCUUCCUCUUCCCACCAUGAGGCCGGCACUCAGGAGGCCUCUGAGAGCAGCAGGGACUCGAAGGGGAAAAAGUCUUCCAGCCAUAGCCUGAGUCACAAGGGGAAGAAGCUGAGCAGUGGGAAAGGUGUGAGCAGUUUCACCUCCGCCUCCUCCUCCUCUUCCUCCUCCUCUUCCUCCUCCUCUGGGGGGCCCUUCCAGCCUGCAGUUUCGUCCCUGCAGAGCUCCCCUGACUUCUCUGCCUUCCCCAAGUUGGAGCAGCCAGAGGAGGACAAGUACUCCAAGCCCACAGCUCCCACCCCUUCAGCACCCCCCUCUCCCUCAGCCCCCGAGCCCCCCAAGGCUGACCUCUUUGAGCAGAAGGUGGUCUUCUCUGGUUUUGGGCCCAUCAUGCGCUUCUCCACCACCACCUCUAGCUCGGGCCGGGCCCGGGCCCCAUCCCCUGGGGACUAUAAGUCUCCCCACGUCUCGGGGUCCGGGGCCUCAGCAGGCACCCACAAGCGGAUGCCCACACUGAGCGCUGCCCCUGCGCCUGCUGAGGAGACCCUUGAGACAGGCCUGAAGGAGAAGAAGCACAAAGCCAGCAAGAGGAGCCGACAUGGGCCAGGCCGUCCCAAGGGCAGCCGGAAUAAAGAGGGCACUGGGGGCCCAGCUGUUCCUCCCCUGCCUGGUGCCCAGCUGGCUGGCUUUACCGCCACUGCUGCCUCACCCUUCUCCGGAGGUUCCCUGGUUAGCUCCGGCCUGGGGGGUCUGGCCUCCCGCACCUUUGGGCCUUCUGGGAACCUGCCCAGCCUGAGCCUGGAGUCCCCCCUGCUAGGGGCAGGCAUCUACACCAGUAAUAAGGACCCCAUCUCCCACGGUGGCGGAAUGCUGCGGGCUGUCUGCAGCACCCCCCUCUCCUCCAGCCUGCUGGGGCCCCCAGGGACCUCAGCCUUGCCCCGUCUCAGCCGCUCCCCAUUCACCAGCACCCUCCCCUCGUCCUCUGCUUCUAUUUCCACCACUCAGGUGUUUUCUCUGGCUGGCUCUACCUUUAGCCUCCCUUCUACCCACAUCUUUGGAACCCCCAUGGGUGUUGUUAACCCCCUCCUCACCCAAGCAGAGAGCAGCCACACAGAGCCAGACCUGGAGGACUGCAGCUUCCGGUGUCGGGGGACCUCCCCCCAGGAGAGUCUGUCUUCCAUGUCCCCCAUCAGCAGCCUUCCUGCACUUUUCGACCAGACAGCGUCCGCACCCUGCGGGGGCGGCCAGUUAGACCCAGCAGCCCCCGGGACGACUAACAUGGAGCAGCUGCUGGAGAAGCAGGGCGAUGGCGAGGCCGGCGUCAACAUAGUGGAGAUGCUGAAGGCGCUGCACGCUCUGCAGAAGGAAAACCAGCGGCUUCAAGAGCAGAUUCUGAGCCUGACGGCCAAGAAGGAGCGGCUGCAGAUUCUCAACGUGCAGCUCUCUGUGCCCUUCCCCGCCCUACCUGCCGUCCUGCCUGCCGCCAACGGCCCUGUCCCUGGGCCCUAUGGCCUGCCUCCCCAAGCCGGCAGCAGCGAUUCCUUGAGCACCAGCAAGAGCCCCCCGGGGAAGAACAGUCUUGGCCUGGACAACUCGCUAUCCACGUCUUCCGAGGACCCACACUCAGGCUGCCCCAGCCGCAGCAGCUCGUCGCUGUCCUUCCACAGCACGCCCCCACCGCUGCCCCUGCUCCAGCAGAGCCCUGCUACUCUGCCCCUGGCCCUGCCGGGGGCCCCUGCCCCGCUCCCGCCCCAGCCACAGAACGGGCUGGGCCGGGCACCCGGGGCAGCGGGGCUGGGGGCUAUGCCCAUGGCUGAGGGGCUGUUGGGGGGGCUGGCGGGCAGCGGGGCCCUGCCCCUCAAUGGGCUCCUGGGGGGGUUGAAUGGGGCUGCCGCCCCCAACCCUGCGGGCUUGAGCCAGGCUGGCGGGGCCCCUACGCUGCAGCUGCCAGGUUGUCUCAACAGCCUAACGGAGCAGCAGAGACACCUCCUGCAGCAGCAAGAGCAGCAGCUCCAACAGCUCCAGCAGCUCCUUGCCUCCCCCCAACUGACCCCGGAACACCAGACCGUUGUCUACCAGAUGAUCCAGCAGAUACAGCAGAAGCGGGAUCUGCAGCGGCUGCAGAUGGCCGGGGGCUCCCAGCUGCCCAUGGCCAGCCUGCUGGCAGGAAGCUCCACCCCGCUGCUGUCCGCGGGCACGCCUGGCCUGCUGCCCACAGCAUCUGCCCCACCCCUGCUGCCCGCCGGAGCCCUGGUGGCUCCCUCCCUCGGCAACAACACAAGUCUCAUGGCCGCAGCAGCUGCAGCCGCAGCAGUAGCAGCAGCAGGCGGCCCUCCAGUCCUGACUGCCCAGACCAACCCCUUCCUCAGCCUGUCGGGGGCAGACGGCAGUGGCAGUGGCCCCAAAGGAGGGACCGCUGACAAAGGAGCCUCAGCGAACCAGGAAAAAGGCUAAAUCCACCCAUACUCCUCCUGACCACCCCCCCCCCAAGUGGAGGGGGCAGUCCUGGCCUCAGGGCCUAACCUGGAGCAGGCACCUGCGCCCAGACACUGGAGAGCCCGGGCCCAGAGCACGUGCUGAGACCUGGGGAGUGUUUGACACGCUGGCUGGCGCUGAGGACUGAGAUGAGAGGGAGGAGCUCCUUCCAUCUGGCCCCUUCCCCAUCUGCACUAACCUUUUGUGAGGGGCUCAGAGGGAGGACAGGCUCUAAGUCCGCCUAGGAGCCCCUACUCUCAGCAAAUGUUUUGAGGUCCCCCAGAGAGCAAAGUGGGCCACAGCAUAAGUGGGGGGUUGGAUGGACCUGCCACAUAAAAUAGAUCAGCACUUGAGUGGGAAGAGUGGGGAGAGUGGGGGGACAGGCCCUGGGCCUGCCCCUUCACAGAAAUCUUAGAAGAAGGGGUGGUCCUACUGUACCUGCAGUUUCUUCCCAACUUGGGCAGAUGGCAGGAGGGAUCCCUUGGACUGUUUCUCACCAGUCCCCUUCCACUGCCCCCCAAAAAGGGUCACAAGCUGAGCUUGUAAAAGCCCAUAGACUAGGGGGCUGAGGAAGGGGCCGGAUGGCCUCAAACUCUGCCCAAGCCUCCCCACUCGGUGGGGGUGGGCAGUGAUGGGAUGGUGGGGGACAGGGAGGAGGUCCAGCCCCCUGGGUGCCCUGCCCCUUGUUUGCACUAUUGGAUUUAGGAGUGCCGAGGGUGGGGAGACGGAGCUGCCUGACUCAGAGAGCGUGUGUGCGUCUGCGUGUGUGUCUGUCUGUCUAUCUCCGCCUGGACCUGGAGCAGCUGAGGCCAGGGGUGGAGUAGUGCUCGAGGCGGGGGAGGCUCCCAGCUCUUGUUUGUACCUUCUCCACCUCACCAACUUUGGUCCCUUUCCGGGGCACGAAUGGUUAACAAAAACCAGAACAGUACUCCAAUAUUGGAGAGUAACUGGGGGCUGAGGGCUUUGAAUCAGGGUAAUAUCCUGCCUUCCCUCCCCCAGACCCCACAGGGUCUCAGUGCCCUUCAGAGCUCCCCUUCCCCACUGGUCCUGCCUCCUGGCAGAGGGGAGCUCCAGGGAUUGGGAGACAGGGCAGGGGUGGGUAAAGUGCCACUUUCUUUAGUGAAGACCUCCCUCCCAGAAUUAGCCAGCCCGUUUCCUGCACCCUACCCCCACCCCACCAACCAGGGGAGACUUAAGCUUAAGCUGACCUAACUGUCCUUUCGCCCACCAGCUAUUUCCCCCUGGGUAUAGUAGGCAACACUUAAAUUUUCACCUUAAAGAGUCCACCUGCCCAGAGCCUUUGGUGACGAAGGCCCAAGGGCCGGUGGGACAGCCAGGAGAGGGGCAGAGUUGAAGCCUGUGUCUGUGUUUCAGUUGCACUGGGGUUGGAGCCGGGAGAAGGCAUUUCCAGCUUUCCCUGAUGCUCAUGUCUUGUCAGUUUCUUUGCAUGUGUGGAUUUUUUGUGUGUGUGUUUCUGUUUGGGUUUUUGUUGUUGUUGGGUUUUUUUUUUUAAAUAAAGCAAAGAAGAUGUGUAUAUUUUUGGCAAUGACAGAAAUGUAGUGGAGAUAUAUUUUUGCCUGUGCUGCUCAACUGGUUUUUUUCUGAUACUGAAAAUAAUAUUAAUAUUCCUGUUGAUAAGACUUUGUAAGAUGUUAGGGAGCUGAUAAUGGAGGGGGGGUGGGACUCCUUCAGAGGCAAUUUCUUAGGCACUUGCAAGGGCUUGUGGGAGGGGAGAUGCAGUUGUGAUGACCUCAGAAAUACUCACUUUUUAUUAAUGCUAAAUAUCAGUUAGAAAUUAUAGAAUUCAGCAUUUUAUUCAUCUUCAUCUAUUAAGCUCUCUAACUCCCUGCCCCCAAACCACUGAAAAGAAAAAUAACCCUCAGAGAUUCUUAAAAGAAUUAUUCAUUCACACCCACGCCCUUGCCCAAGGCCCGCCCACUUAGAGCUGAAGUCAACUUCUCUGCUGGAUGGUGAUGAAGUAAAUCCGCUGUGGUGCAGAGUGAGAGGUCCAAAUGAUUUAGUGCACUGGAAACAAGGCCCUCCCUCCCAGCCCCCACAAGUCUGGGGUUCUCAUCUCCAAGAGUCUGUGUUUUCCAGCUUUCCCCAGGCUGGGGUGCAGCAGCUGGUUGUCAGGCUAGAUUUACAGACGGGACCUAGGCUGCAUAUGGAUUGGUGCUGUCCCUCUCCCUCGAUUUGGGGUUGGGGGGCGGUGUAGGAGAAUGGUGGUAUCUUUCCACCUUUUAGAGAGCUUUAUACUAAUAGGAAAGGUCUGGAGAUCUUCACGAGGGAUCAGGUUCCCAAUAUGGCGGGGGUGGGGGGUCAGUGGCUACACUGACCUCACCCUCCUCUCCCAGCCUCGGUCCCUUUUUCCAGGAUGAAUUUGGAUGCAGAGUGGGAAGGGAUGCAGAUUUAUAGAUCUCUGUCUACGGGAGCGGAAGGAUGUGGUUUGUGGGGCAGAAGUGGAGUUUGAAAAUGCAUGAGAGUGGAGCUUCGUGUGUCAUCACCCUCAGCUCGGAGGUAUGAGUGGGGUGUGCAUGCAGAGCUGCUGUCUGGUCUUGAGGUCACAACUGGUGCAUGAGUGUCAGAGCUGGAAGGGACUGGUUCUUAAAGGUUUGAGCCAGCUCCUCAUUUCAUAGGUGAUACCUCCAAGCCUCAGAGGGGUAGGGGACCAGCCCUCAGGACCCUGGCCUCCUGGUCCUCCACUCUCCCUUCCCACUGCACUGCCUCCAUGGGCUGUCUGUCUGUCGCUGUGUGUGUGACAUGUGUGAGUGCAGGGCUGUGCCCAGGGUGGGAGGGUAUCUAUGUAGCACUGUCUUAGCUCAGAGCUGAUGGAUCCUCUUCAUAGACAAUGACACUUUAAAGAUUGCUUUUGAAAAGUUUUUCCUGUGUGUGAGUUUUUUUCCCUCAGGCUCCUGGGUCUGCUACUGCCUCCAGGUGCCCUUGCCUUGAGGCUGAUGAGCACACACCUGCCAUCUUGUACUGAGUUCUAGGGAAGUACUCCUAGGAAGGGCCCAGCCCAGGGAGGGGAGCCAGAGCCAGGGGCCAGCUCUGAGGAAGGGUGACCUCCACACUUCCCUUUCCCAAACUGGAAAUGCAGACAAGUUUUCAAAGGCAGUCUCCCCCUGCUAGUUUCCAGCAUCUUCCUUGGUGUGUGGUGGGCCUGAGUUAGGGGUAGGCAGCUUGCUCCCAAUUCUCCUUUAUCUCAACUUACUUUCCUGGGGAGAGGUGCCUGGAGGGAUUCAAGUCACUUCCAUUGGGAAUUUGGAAGAAGGUGGGGCCCAAUACGGGGCAGCCUGCAGCCACAUCAAUCCCAUUAAGUGUCUAGCUCCCUGCCACUUUGACUUGAUCUACUGAAAAGUUGGGGACUGUGGGGUGCCUU